AUGCUCUCUACCUACGGAAAAUCGGCCGGCCGCAUUCUAGCGGACGUGGCCCGGUGGACCGGUGAGCCGGACCUGCUCUCCAUGUCGCCAAUUGACGCCUCCAAAGUGACUCCUGUCAAGGCCCUCAACGAGUUUCUGAGGGUCGACGUGGCGCCAUUUCCGGAGAGCCACGAGACCAAGACAGUGAUGCGCUUUGUGUGCAGAAAGACGCGGAUGCACCUGGAGGUCACCGUCGACGGCCACCGACGAGCGGAGCUCUACGACUUCCAUUACCUCAACGAAGAUACAGACUCCAAAGAAGCAACCCCGGUAUUUGCACAGACCCAGGCCCAUGCCCAGACACAGCGAGGGCCAGAUGAGAUGGACACAGCCACUCCCGAACCGGAGCAGGAUCAGACUAUGGCUGACGAUGACAACUCUGAAGUUGACCCUAAUGACACGCCUCAGUUUACGGAACGAAAACACACCUACAUCUGCUCUUAUACAGGCACCAAGCUGAUUCUCACACUUCGCCCUCCGGAGUUCACGUCACAGGAUCUACUACCGUACUCCCCACAGGCAGUUCGACAACGGUUCAAGGACACGGAGCAUCUCAAACAGUCUUCUGAACCCUCCCCUGCUGCCUGUCUUCAUACUCUGUUCAAAAUCAUCGACGAACCGCUCAACCGAGGUGGUAACAAGGAAAUCAAGUUUGACAACGCUUCGAUCCAGCAGAAAAUCGACCAGUCUAUUUUGUCGUCGUUCCAUUUCUCGAGAGACGAAGAAAAGGGCACGUGGGUACCUCCCAAGCUCUACGAGACUCAGAACCCGUUCACUGCAUCUAUCAGGGCGAAGCUAGAGCGGAAAAUGUCAGAGCUUUAUGUUCUUAUUCGAAAUUCCAGCAACAAGGAGCGAGAUCAUCUGAGCAGCCUACAGAUUGACGUGACUCCCCUUGAACCCGAAGUUCGGUCUGUGCUGCGUCUCCAGCCCGAAAAUAGAGGCCCUCUGCUUCUGCCACGAGCCUACGCUCAGUAUGUGACUCUGGGUGUGACGGAAAACGCCUCCGACGACAUUUUGAUUUCUGCAUACGAACGUCUGUCGGGUUCAGAUAGAGUACUUGCGCCGUACUACUUUGAGGCACUUAGAGAAGCCGCCCAGCAGCGAGAGUCUGAGUUUCUCAUCAUGAAGGUGAUGGAGCUCAUGUCGUUAGGCUGUGCUUCAUUGGAUGACGUGAGACAGGCAUUCAUCAAGUUUGGUCUGGACAUGGAUGAGGCCGAGUCCAUGGAGUCUGAACAUAUUGCUGCGCAGGUGGCGUCCUUUUACGAUGAACAGGUGGACCAAGGAGCUGCUGUGGGGCCCCUACGUAUGGCAAUGGAGACUGUCGCUCAAAUUACGUCCUGUGGUCCUCUUCAGGAGUUCAUUCAGCUCACUGCCAAUGAUGUGGAUCUUCCCACCGCGUAUGCUGAUCUGGGAGUAGAACCCGCUGUCGACGAUGAUGUCAUUAUUACGGCCUACGAGUUUGCACAGAGCGAAAACAACUCUGAGCGUCUAGAGAGGGCAUUCAAAGCGAUUGCUAUCGAUAGACAGGCUCCUUUGCUUCUCAGCUUUGUGGAAAAACUUGUUCCUGAUAUUACUUCUGAACAGGAGGCAUGUGAGGUGCUUGGAAUCUCGUCUUCUGCUACUCCCGAGGAUGCUAUCGCUGCUUUCAGAGAGUUUUCUGACAAGAGACGCAUUGUCACUGCUCGAAAAGCACUUCGAUACCUUGGCAAUGAGCACGACAGCGACUCCAUCAUUGCUGAGCUCUCUAGAGAUCCUCGUUCGGCUGUUCAGCUUCCCCAAUCGACGUAUGAUUGGCCCAUUGGUCUCAACAACAUUGGUAACACGUGCUACCUCAACUCUCUGUUGCAGUACUAUUUUGCUAUCAAACCAUUGAGGGAAGAGGUGUUGCAGCAUGACGGCAGCAAUGUCGAUGUGGGCUUCAAGUUGUCAGCCGGUGAAAUUCGAGAUAAGCGUAUUGGUGGUCGUUCAGUCUCCCCGUCGGAGGUGAAGCGAGCCCAGGAGUUUAUUCAUGAGCUUGCAUUGCUGUUCAACGACAUGAUUUACUCGAAUCAGGGCUACGUGACUCCCAGAAAGAAUUUGGCUUACCUGGCCUUGGUUUCGGCAUCUCAAGAAGACGAGCAUGCUGAGACUAACAAAGGGGCUGAAUCGGAAGUGCUCAAUGAAGGAGAGAGUGUCAUCGAAGCAGGUGGUACCACCGAUGGAGACGAAAAGCUGGCUGAGAAGGAAAAAUCGGUUGACACAGACUCGACUCUAGUUCAGUCCCCUUCCACUGCAGAGCCUAAUCACGAGUACAAGGCUGAGCGAAUCAACGAGACGUUGUUUGGUCGACAGCAGGAUGUCACUGAGUGCAUUGAGAACGUUUUGUUCCAGCUUGAAGCAGCUGUUAAGGGUGAUUCUGUGGACUCUGAUGGAGAACAGGAUGAUCUUGUGAAACGGCUCUUUUACGGUCAGACCAAACAAGUUCUGCAGCCCGUCAACACCAACGAUGCUAGUAAACGUCGUGAGAAGACUGAGCGAUUCCUUUCUCUUCUUGUUGACGUUGCGGAUGGCCCUCGAGAUUUGUACGAUGCGCUAGACUCAUACUUCGGCCACGAUCUUGUCUCACUUUCCGAUGGAGAUGUUAUUCGGUCACUCACUAUCGGCAAACUACCUCCCAUGCUGCAGAUUCAGGUUCAGCGGGUCCAGUUUGACCGAGACCUGGGCCGUCCCUUCAAGUCGCUUGCCGUUCUCAAGUUUGACGAAGUCAUUUACAUGGAUCGAUACAUUGACACUGAUGACGACGAGGUAAAUGCCAAGCGAAUGGAGGUGUUCAAGUGGCGAGAAGAGCGACGCCAGCUGCUCAAGGAUCUCGAGGGGUUCAAUGCCAAGGUGGAGAACUCUGGUACUCUUACCGAAAACCUCAAGCUCACCGAGCAGUGGCUUCUGACGCUAAAGUCGGAUGUCAGUAGAGUCCUGAAUCUUGUGCGGGAGGAGAUUGCCACCCGCACCUCCCGCCAGGAAGCCAUGGAGGCGGACUUGGCUGAGCUAGACUUUAAGAUUCAGUCCCAGUUUGCACACAUGAAGCAGAUUGGCUACAGAAUCCAUGCUGUGUUUAUCCACAGAGGCGAAGCGUCUUUCGGACACUACUGGACGUACAUCAGAGACCAUCAGGGCGGCUUUUUCAGAAAGUACAACGACGAGAAGAUCACGCGAGUGGAGGACUCAGAGGUGAUGGACUUUGACGACAAUAAUACCGCCACGCCGUACUUUUUGGUUUUUGUGCGCGAAGAUUUGAUCGACUCCAUGGUCGAGCCGCUGUAUAGAAUCGAGAAGGUGGAGGAGGAAAAGGCGGAUUUGAUUGAUGUUGAUGCGGAGGAAGAUAAGGAGGACAAGAUGGAGGAGGAGAUUGUGUCUGAUGAGGGUGUUGCUGAGGUGGAGAAGGUGACUGAGACAGAGGAGGUGGCUGAAUCUGAAGCUGCACCUGACACUACUUCGGAGACCACUUCCUAG